CGCUCCUCCUCAGCAUCAAGUGCAGCCCGAGCGCAGCGUCCCGGCCGCGACUUUCUCUCAGCGUCUCUGCAGGAGCAAUGAGGAGCAGGGAGCCGGGCUCGCGCCGCUGAGACGUGUGGAUCUAGCGGGAUCACGGCUGCGUUUGUGUCCGGGCCAAACAAACAAUACGCUGCUGACGUAGCUUGUCCAUCAAUCGGAUGCAAGCAGAGCAAGGCCCCAGUUAACAAUGGGCCCCAUACCCCUGCGCGUCCUUCUCCCGCUGACGGUGCUGGCUGUGGUGGUGGCCGCGGCCGCUGAGGAGAGCGACGAGUAUACCUGGCCGCAAUGGAAGGUGCCUCUGGUGAGGAAACGGCGAACCGUGCCCCUCAGCACCCCGGAAUUCUCGGCUCCCUUUCAGCCGGAGCUGAGUGGAACCUGCGGGAUCGAGUGUCAGCGGCGCCUCCCGUCGCCCUCUCUGGACGCCCUGGAGCACUUCCUGUCCUACGAGACGGUGUACGAGAACGGCACGCGCACCUUCACCUCCGUUUCCGUGCAAGGCCUCAGCGAGGCGACCGCCUGGUCCGGGAACGUCUCGUCCAACUCCCGCCACAAACGGGAGGUGUACGGCACAGACACCCGAUUCACCAUCUCCGAUAAGCAGUACUCGACCAAAUACCCCUUCUCCACCUCUGUGAAGAUCUCCACUGGGUGCUCUGGAGUUCUGGUGUCACCAAAACAUGUUCUGACCGCAGCCCACUGCAUUCAUAGCGGAAAGGAUUAUCUGGAUGGGGUGCAGAAGUUACGUGUUGGUAUUCUGAAAGAGAAGUCCAGACGGGGGAAAGGGGGUAAAGGAAGAGGAGGACGAGGGAAGGCCAAGAGGAGAAAGGGAGGGAAUGGUAAAGAGGAGGUGCAGGAAAAAGAAGAGAUUAAUAGGAAGGAGCAACGGAAAGAAAAAAGCAAAGGAAGGAAGAGUCGGAGCCGCCGAAGUGCAGAAUCAGAGAAACCUUCAUUCAGGUGGACCAGGGUCAAGCAGACCCAGGUUCCAAAGGGUUGGAUCAAAGGUGCGGCUGAUGGACUGGCUGCUGAUUUCGACUACGCUGUCCUAGAACUGAAGAAGGCCCCCAAGGUCAAGCACAUGGAUCUGGGGGUGAUACCCUCCAUCAAGAAGCUUCCUGCCGGCAGAAUCCACUUCUCCGGCUUCGACGACGAUCGGCCCGGGAACCUGGUCUACCGGUUCUGCUCCGUGUCCCAAGAAUCCCAGGAUCUGCUGUAUCAGUACUGCGACGCCAAACCGGGCUCCAGCGGUUCUGGGGUCUACAUCCGCCUCAAAGAACCCGGCCAGAAGAAGUGGAAGAGGAAGAUCAUCGGGGUGUUCUCUGGUCACCAGUGGGUGGAUGUUACCGGGGACGGGAGGCAACAGGAUUACAAUGUGGCCGUGAGGAUUACGCCCCUCAAAUACGCUCAGAUCUGUUACUGGGUCCACGGGACCUCCAGUGAGUGCCAGAUAGCCUAAGACAACCAUCCGAUCAAACACCUCCUUACAAAGGGCCAAUUUAGCUUUCUACGCCUCAGGCUCCCGUCACCAGAGGCCAGACGUGGACUCUCCUCUUCCUGCUUGGCUGUUACCUGCUGUGCUUCCCAAUGACCCCUGCUACAGUACACGGAUCUGAACCCAAGAGAACUAUGACCCUCCAGCUUUUCUAAUUUAUUUUUUAAAAAAACAAGUCAGAGAAAAAAUAUCUGCCUUUUUGAUUUCCGCUUAGUUUUUGUAAGAUGCCAGACAUUUUGGAAUACAAUGUUGGAAAAUGUGUACAGCCACAAAAAGCUCUAGGAUUUUAAAGGUGGAGAGACAUGCAUGUUCAAGUUUUUCCACUGUAUAGAGGAACAUAUGCAGUGACUUUGACAAUAAUACUGUAAUAAUAAGCCUAGUUGUACCAAUGAACCAUACGGAGGAAUUAUUGAUGUUAUGGACUUUUUUAAUGAAUGAUCUGGAGUUUCUCAUUUUUUUUUGUAUCACUAAGUUUGAGUUUGUUUUACAACUACCUUUUUUAAGUCAGCCUGUUUUCUGUCUAGUUAGAGGAAGGACCCUGGAUAAAGGAUCUUUCUUAUUUGUGAGUCUCGCAAUGUUUUCUCUGUUCUCACGACACGGUGAAAUGUGGUUGCAUGGUUGUGCACAUAAUUAUACCGGUGCUUAUCCAGGAAACGUGGUGCUAAUUUAUGAAACUGUAAACUUUUAUGGGGGGCACGAGGGAAAGACCUUUUCCAAAUAUAUUUUGAUAGCCUAGUACUGUAACUAUGUAUUUAAUGCGAGGCUACAAAUUUGGGUUGUGUUAAGAUGGGACUAAACCAGUCAAUAAUUUACUUGAGUUGUUUAGAUUUCUCUACAUCUGAAGGUUAGAAAAGCAAUGUUGUGACAAAAUACCUAUUUUAAAUUUGGGAUGUAGUAUUUUUUUGCCUUACCACAUUUUUAUGUUUUAAAAACAUUAAUGACUAUUUCUUUGAAAUACCAAAUACCUGCAAUUAUUUAAGCAGAUAGAAUACUUCUAACCAUUAAACAAAGGUUACUACUUG